AAACAGUAAUUGGAAAAACGCAUUUUCGUUUUCAGAAAACACAAACUUUUCAAAACCCUAAAUCCUAAUGCCUCCGGAAACCAACAAAGAAACAAGCCCUGAAGAUUCAUCCAUCGUUCUCGCUCCUCUUCCUUCUCAAGGGCAUGAUUGAACUCCAUUGUUGUUGCAUUGAACAAUGUCAUUUGGGAUUUUGGGUUGUGACUCCACACUUAUAUCUUUAGGAGGAGCUUCUUCCAUUUGUCGUUGGAUCUUGAUCAUCUUUCGAUUGUGGGUUUUGAUUCAUAAUCAUACUCAUCUUUAUCAUCUUUCACUUCCAUAACAGAUUUUUCAUCACUUCUCAAUACAUCAUCAUAAAAUUCGGUUUCUUCUUCCACAUUUUCGUGGGGUAGAGACAGUUCUUCAGCAGAAGCAUUCAUCAGUCUUACUCUUCUUCAAAAACCUUCUUCAAUUGUAUUUUUCAAUUCACAAGUAGACUCAUGUUGUUUAGAUCCAACUUCACUACCAGAUUCUUUUACAAUGCUCCUUUUGUGAACAAGUACUUCAGUUGGCAGAGAAAAUCGAUUUCCUCAGCAGAAAUAUUCACAAAAGCAUCAUCUUUGCAAGCUUCAUUGCUUCUUCAUCUUCAGAGAACCAUUUCACAUCCAAAUUAGCAUGCGGUGCCUCUAUUUCAGAAUGAUCACCACUCUUAUCACUAACUAGAUUUCCUUCAGAAGAUUUCAAGGGAUCAUCAAGAACCAUUUCUCUGGUUUCAGACUCCAUCUCAUCCUUCUCUCGGUCAUCAACUUCCACGUUCAAAUCUUCUUUCAGUUUACUUUCUGGUUCAUCGGUUUUCUUUGCACGCAGUUUCUAAUUCUGCAUCCUUCUUUACGGGUCCUGAACAGUUAGGCAUAUCACCGAACGAAUAUGGACGGUAAUUGACUCCAUUCUCCCCUUUUCCCCUAAACUCUAUCUCUCCAUGUUCUUGUCCAACAAUCUGACGGACCUUCUUGUACUGCAAACUUGCUGCCCUACAGCUUCAUUGUUCUGAGUCUUGGUUUGUUUACGGGUCAAGGCCCCCACAACACUCCUGGCUUUUAGGCACAGCUGGCGUUUUUCCAUUUGCAUUAUUUUCUUGAUCCCGAUCAUUGUUCUCUUACUGAUCGUCAACCGUCAUCUGAAAAUCUACUUUCUUGCAAGCUGAAGAGGCUGCCACUGUCCUUCUCCGACCACCUGCAAAGGACAGAGUAGUCAAAGCCACAAUUAGAUCUCUUUUUUUAUUCCCCUGUGCCUCUUGCUUCUGCAGCAGAACGUGUUUGAGUAGUAAUUGCAGUAGUAAUUGUCUCAUCUUCGACAACCUUUCUUUUUGUCAAGGUUAUCAAUGCAGUUCGUGGUAUUUCCAAGGAAACCUAUGCUUUCAUCGGGAAUUCAGGUACCCUUGAUCUUUUACUGUUCAAAAACUCUUUGAUUCCUUCAACGGAUGGAAGAGUGGCAAGAGCGUCAACCAUGAUGACAUUAGUGAUAUUGGCCGAAAUCAUAUUCCUCUUGUAGAGUGCUUGCUGCUCUCUUCUUGACAAGGUAGUCUGUAGGAAGAUAAAAUUUGGUAUGGAUUGAAGAAAUUUUGCACCGCCACAGGAAAUGAGGGGAUUCCAAUUGGAGUUUGGGGACUUCAACUACAGAUUGUGGUCGCUUAUACACUUGGAUCUUAGCUAAGCUAUGCUCGCUUUGGCAUGUCUUGUGGUUUCGUAGAUCUUUGCUUUCUUUGAUCUUGAUUCAUGAAGAUCGAUCGUAUUGAAGAUGUACAUCAAAUUGAUGUAUCAAGAUUUGAUGGGCCUUGGUCAUUUAAAAAUGAGACAAUUUUUAUCAAUUUGAUGGAAGAUGAAGUUGCAAAAGGAAAUCGUCCAACUACAACCUUUACCAAAACUAGUUGGACUUAUAUUAAGGAACAACUGUAUGUAAAAACAGGAUAUGCUUAUUCUCAUGAACAAUUGAAAAAUAAGUAUAACAGUCUUAGACAUCGUUAUAAAGAAUUCAAAAAGUUGUUGAGUGAUAUUAAUGGAAAAGGUUGGGAUCCUGUAUUGGGAACUAUUACUUUAGGAGAGGCGCAGUGGACUAAUCUCAUUAAGGUUAACAAGAACGCUAAGAAGUUCAAAAAGAGUGGAUGUCCACAUUACGGAAAAUUGAUGGGAAUAUAUGGAGAUACAAUUGCAACAACAGAGCUUGAUGCUCUUCCAUCUACAAAACUUUCUUCAGAUUCUGAAUAUGACAAUAAAACAGAAAGUGAUGCUCCAAUGAGCAAUGAAGAUUAUGGAAAUAAUAGAGAUGAAAAUCAUGGUCAGAGUAGCAUGAGCAAGAAAUCUAAAAGAAAAAGAGAAAUCAUAAAUGAUAUAAUGCCAUCUUUCAAGGAAGCUUAUGUUGAGAAUUUAAAGAGGAGAAAUGAUAUACUUGAAGGAAGACUUUUUGGUCUUUCAUCAGGUGAAUUUAGCGAAACUUCGUCGAAAGCAAGAGAUUAUGCCGAUGAAGACUUAAACAAAUGCAUCAAAAUUUUAAAUAGCAUGGUCGAUAUUGAUGAUAAAGCUUAUACAAAAGUAUUGAAACAAUUGGUUGCUGACACUACUUGGAGAAAAGCAUUUUUGUGUAUUCCUGAAUCAAGAAGGAGAGGAUUUGUUAAUAAUCUUUAAUUCUUUAACUAAACUAAUUAGAUUAGAUGAUGGUUUGUACAACUUUAAAUAAUUUUAGAAAAAAGAAAAAAAAAAAAAAACUUAUACUUUAACUACUUGUUAAAUGUUUUUGGAUUUUAUAGUUUACAUGUUAGAAAGAAUUGUCUCA